AUGACCGUGAACCAAGGGGAAUUCGCUGGUAGCAGCGUCUAUCAUGCGUCGUCAUGCGGCAACACCACUGCUCAACAGUACGUCUACAGCUGUACAGACCGAUUUGAGGUACAAUCGGGCCAGGGGUGUUUGGCAGUUGACACAGCAACAAGCGAUGUCAUAAUCUCCCCAUGUCAGGACAUACUCAGUCAAAGGUGGUUGGUCUCUCCAUUGGAAAAUCAAAAACUCAAGGUCAAAACCCAGCACGAUAACAGCUGCCUCACCUGGGUUGGUCUCCCUGGAAGGAACUUUGUUGUAGCUGCAUGCGAUGACACUGAGGCUCAAAAAUUCUAUAUUGAUGAUACUCUGUACAGUGGAACACUAUCAGCUUCUCCUUCGAAUCAGCCAUCCGCAUCUCCUAGUGUUGGUCCAUCAGCUCCACCAUCAAACCAACCAACAAUUGUGAUGUCACUGUCUCCUAGUGAGAGUCCAUCGUUACCACCAUCAUCUACUCCUUCAACAGUCUGCUUUACAACACCACUUCUUGUGAUCCAAUCCACACAAGAAGUGACAGGGUGUAUGACCGUGAACCAAGGGGAAUUCGCUGGUAGCAGCGUCUAUCAUGCGUCGUCAUGCGGCAACACCACUGCUCAACAGUACGUCUACAGCUGUACAGACCGAUUUGAGGUACAGUCAGGCCAGGGGUGUUUGGCAGUUGACACAGCAACAAGCGAUGUCAUAAUCUCCCCAUGUCAGGACAUACUCAGUCAAAGGUGGUUAGUCUCUACAUUGGAAAAUCAAAAACUCAAGGUCAAAACCCAGCACGAUAACAGCUGCCUCACCUGGGUUGGUCUCCCUGGAAGGAACUUUGUUGUAGCUGCAUGCGAUGACACUGAGGCUCAAAAAUUCUAUAUUGAUGAUACUCUGUACAGUGGAACACUAUCAGCUUCUCCUUCGAAUCAGCCAUCCGCAUCUCCUAGUGUUGGUCCAUCAGCUCCACCAUCAAACCAACCAACAAUUGUGAUGUCACUGUCUCCUAGUGAGAGUCCAUCGUUACCACCAUCAUCUACUCCUUCAACAGUCUGCUUUACAACACCACUUCUUGUGUUCCAAUCCACACAAGAAGUGACAGGGUGUAUGACCGUGAACCAAGGGGAAUUCGCUGGUAGCAGCGUCUAUCAUGCGUCGUCAUGCGGCAACACCACUGCUCAACAGUACGUCUACAGCUGUACAGACCGAUUUGAGGUACAGUCAGGCCAGGGGUGUUUGGCAGUUGACACAGCAACAAGCGAUGUCAUAAUCUCCCCAUGUCAGGACAUACUCAGUCAAAGGUGGUUAGUCUCUCCAUUGGAAAAUCAAAAACUCAAGGUCAAAACCCAGCACGAUAACAGCUGCCUGACCUGGGUUGGUCUUCCAGGAAGAAACUUUGUUGUAGCUGCAUGCGAUGGUAGUGGAGCUCAAGCAUUCUAUAUUGACGAUACUCUGUACAGUGGAACACUAUCAGCUUCUCCUUCCAAUGGACCAUCCAACAUUCCAACUGUGGGGAUUCCGUCACUUGGACCAUCAAUCUCUCCAUCGUUGACACCAUCAGUGGCCCCAAGUCUAUCAGCGCAACCCUCUUCAGGCCCAUCGAAUGAACCAUCUUUAUCGCCGUCAGAAUCCCCAACCCAAGCACCGUCAGACUACACCCCUAUUCCUGUUGUAUAUUUUGGUGACGACAGCCCUCCUUUGCCGCUUGGUCUUUGUGAGGGUGACUGUGACACUCCAACACACUGUGGAGGAGCAGGAGAUUUGGUUUGUCUCCACAGAAGCUAUGCGUACCAACCCGUUCCAGGAUGUAUACUUGGCAAUGCGUAUGGUGGAGUUGGCGACUUUUGUGGUGUAAGGAAUGCAAAGGUACUUGGUGUAACCAAACUGACUCAUGAAUCAGAUCCAAUUCCCGCAUCACUUCGACCCCUUAGAGACUGUGAGGGUGAUUGUGAUUCACACAGUGACUGUGACACUGGCCUGGUUUGUUUGUUCAGGAAUCGCAAUGGGAUCCCUGUUCCAGGUUGUAUUUACGACUUCACCAAUGAAGCUGUAUCAGCGCAGACAGAUUAUUGCAUCCAAAGAGAUCAAGGAACUGCUAUUCGAUACUUGGGUGAAAAUGGUAUUCCUUUUGCUGCAUUGGGACCACUAAUGCAGUGCGAAGGUGACUGUCGCAACCAUGGUGAAUGUCAAGGAGAUCUGGCAUGCCUUCAAAGAAGCUCAGGAGAUCCGAUCCCUGGGUGUACUGGUAUUGACAGGACAAUUGAAUAUAGCAAGAACUUCUGCGUCCAGAGAGGCACCGGAGAGGUUAUCAAUUUCGGAUCCUCUCCUGACUUGUCAGCAACGGGAUUGGGGAAACUUAGACUUUGUGAAGGCAACUGCAACAGCAGUGAUGACUGUGAUGCUGGCCUUGUUUGUUGGGUCCGAUCCUCUGGUGAUGCUGUGCCAGGCUGUGUUGGUGGCGACCUUACAAUAACAACAAACUUCUGUGUUGUGCCACAACCGACAAAUGCACCAACCAAGAUUCCUUCCAAGGCUCCCUCAAACCUGCCAUCAAUAUCUCCUUCCAAUGCUCCCUCUACGAUGCCAUCAACAUCUCCUUCUGAUUCGCCCUCGCUUUCUCCUUCUGAUUCGCCCUCCAUUUUGCCAUCGAUCGAACCUUCCCAACCCCCCUCGUUGAUACCAUCGAAAGCUCCCUCGAAAACUCCAAGCCUAGUACCAUCAUCUCCACCAACACCUGAUCCAUGGGGAGCAUGUUUGACCAACUAUUUCACUGGAUUUUGUUGUGUCAAAUAUCAACUACCAGAUUCCCGCACGAAUAUUGGUUCCGUCAACGACUACAACUCAAUUAACGAUUGCUACUGGGCUUGUGUUGCCAUCUAUGAUACAGCCACCUGUGCCCAAAUAAUGUGGGCAGCAGACCUGGACAUUGCUCUUGGGAAUACAAACAACUGCAAUGGGGAUUUCUCAGCAGCAGGACCCUACGGCGCCAUAUCAACUUGGGAUGUAUCCAAAGUGAAUGAUUUCUCCUCGCUGUUCCAAAAUUGCAACAGUUUUGAUGAGAAUAUAUCUGACUGGACUACCAGCCAAGUAGUAACAAUGCUAUAUUUGUUUGAUGGUGCAUCGGAGUUCAAUCAAGACAUCUCUGGCUGGAGCGUGUCAGGCGUUUCUACAAUGGGAUCCAUUUUCCGUUAUGCCUCAAAAUUCAACCAGAACCUUGUUGCUUGGGACGUUAGUUCUGUCAUGCAAUUUGACUCAGCAUUCUUGGGGGCCACACUCUUCAACCAAGAUUUGGAUGCCUGGAGACUUCAAGUCAACAGUGGAGCCAGUGUUUCCAACAUGUUUGCGUUAACUAGUUGCCGAUCCACGGCAAGUCCAGAUCUAUCCCUGAGCAACAAAGGACCAUUCUGCCGACCACGCUUUAUUGUCUCGUUGGAUGGUCCCUCCAGUGGGCAAUGCCUGUACGGUGAAGGGAUUUGGACAUUCUACCCAACCUCCUGUGACUAUUCUUCGGCAGAACAGCUUUACACGUAUGACCCAUCUACACAAAGAAUCAUUAGCGAUGCCUAUUCUGGGAGCUGCCUCGUAUCGCUGGGGUCAGCUCGACCAAGAAGUAAAUGCGCAGAACUGUGA